GCCUGUUUCAGUGUGUCAAUAUGCUGUAUAACAAAAACAUCAAGACUUAAAGAUGGGGCAAAUUCAAGAUCGAAUGUUUAGCCAUUGGAGAGCAGACUGCAAGGGAAGCCUUACAACACUUACAAUGGAUCAUAGCACCAUGUCGCAGAUGGAGUUUGCAGUUAAUAUGACGUGUGGUUCUUGUAAGGAAAAAGUAAAGGAGUCAUUGCAGAAUAUACAAGGUAUUGAGUCACUUAGCAUAGAUGUGGACAAACAAUCUGUGAUAAUCAAGACAACACAGCCAUCCACUGUCAUACAGGAAGCAAUCGAGAGAACUGGCAUGUUGGCUGUGUUACGAGGACAAGGUCAAGGUAGUACUCACCUUGGAGCAGCUAUUUCUAUAUUGAAGCAAAAUGAGAGAAUAUUUGGACUUGUCAGGUUUGUACAGAUAGACAAUAAUACGUGUGUUAUUGACGGUUCUUUCAACGGAUUGAUACCAAACAGUAAACAUGCGUUACAUGUUCAUGAAUUGGGAGAUUUAUCUGAAGGCUGUGAGAGCACAGGUGAUGAUUACAACCCCACAAACACUUCACAUGGUGAUAGAAUGGACAACAACAGACAUACUGGAGAUUUGGGUAAUAUCAAUGUCGAUGCGAAUGGAAGUUCUGUGUUUAGAUAUGAAGACAAUAUCAUCAAACUUGUUAUCUUUAAGGUUUGGGAUAUCAUUGGUAGAUCUAUGGUUAUUCAUGAAGGAGAAGACGAUUUAUCAAGUGAAAAUCAUGGAAAUGCUGGAAAAGGAAUGGCGUGCGGUAUUAUAGCUCGGUCCGCUGGUAUGUUUGAAAACACAAAGAAAGUUUGCGCGUGCACGGGCAAGACGCUAUGGGAAGAACGAGAAGAAGCAAGAACAAUGUACGUUGAUCCCACCUCCUGAAAGCUAACAUAAAAGAGUUUUUUCCAUUGUUUAUAAGUUUGUUAUUUUUAAUGCAUAUUAUAUUUAUUAUACAGUUUACGUAAAUGCUUGCAAUUUCUAGUGAUGUUAUUUCUGUUGUACAAUUUAGUUUAAACAAUAUACUAGAAAUUUUUAAAA